UCUCUCUCUCUCUCUCACAUUUUAAAAGCAUAAGAUUGACUAAUCAUAGAAAGAAAGGAAACAAGAAAAAGAAAAGAAAAAAAGAAUGAAUGGUGUUUCAUCUCCUGAACAGGAUUACUCUGAAUUUGUUGAAGUUGAUCCUACUGGAAGAUAUGGAAGAUACAAUGAGAUUCUUGGUAAAGGGGCUUCAAAGAUAGUGUAUAGAGCCUUUGAUGAGUAUGAAGGGAUUGAAGUGGCAUGGAACCAAGUCAAGCUUUAUGAUUUUCUCCAAAAGCCUGAGGAUCUUGAGAGGCUCUACUGUGAAAUUCAUCUUCUAAAGACCUUGAAACACAAUAACAUCAUGAAGUUCUGCACUUCUUGGGUUGACCCUGCCAACAGAAACAUCAACUUUGUCACUGAGAUGUUCACCUCUGGUACUUUGAGACAGUAUAGGCUUAAACACAAGAGAGUUAACAUAAGAGCAGUGAAGCGUUGGUGUAGGCAGAUUCUGAAAGGACUUGUUUAUCUCCACAACCAUAACCCCCCAGUAAUCCACAGAGAUCUCAAGUGUGACAACAUUUUCAUUAAUGGAAACCAAGGGGAAGUCAAGAUUGGUGAUCUUGGACUUGCUGCUAUACUCAAAAAAUCACAUGCUGCUCAUUGUGUUGGAACACCAGAGUUUAUGGCUCCAGAGGUUUAUGAAGAGGAAUACAAUGAAUUAGUUGACAUAUAUUCUUUUGGGAUGUGCAUAUUGGAAAUGGUUACCUUUGAAUAUCCAUAUAGUGAAUGUACUCACCCUGCUCAGAUUUACAAGAAAGUUAUCUCAGGGAAAAAACCAGAAGCUUUAUACAAAGUAAAAGAUCCUGAGGUGAGGCAAUUUGUCGAGAAAUGCUUGGCAACCGUGUCCUGUAGGCUUACUGCUAGAGAGCUUUUGAAAGACCCUUUUCUCCGAAUUGAUGAUUAUGGAUAUGAUUUUAGGCCAUUAGAGUAUGAAACCGAUUUUGAUGAAGUUGACCCUUAUUUAAGACAACCUCAUUACGGAGUUCAUUACAACAACAGAUCGACGAUCAACGGUUACGGCUAUUACCUUGGCUAUGAACAUGAAAAUGACUUUGAUUGCAGCCCGGUCGAGUAUGAAACAAGUGAGAUUGAUCUCUUCAACUGUCAAGAGGAUGAGCAUUUGGGAGAUGUUGACAUAACAAUCAAAGGGAGACGAAAAGACGACAAUGGCAUAUUCUUGAGGCUCAGAAUUGCAGAUAAAGAAGGCCGAAUAAGAAAUAUCUACUUCCCGUUUGAAAUUGAGAAUGACACUGCCCUGAGUGUGGCUGCUGAAAUGGUUGAUGAGCUUGACAUCACUGACCAAGAUGUAACAAAAAUAGCAGAUAUGAUAGACGGUGAAAUUGCUACUUUGGUGCCAGAUUGGAAAAGAGGAGUCGAAUUAGAGGAAAAUCCGCGGUGCUCAACUUCAAGUUUCUGUCACAACUGUGCCUCAAAUGGUUCCCCACUUGUGGACUAUGUAACAUCAGAUAAUUCAGGUACCCAGAACCUUCAAGUUCUUCAGUGUUCCAAACAUGCCUCUGCAGCCAUUCAUGGCCGGUUCGAAGAGAUUACCUACCAAGUUGAGGGGUCAGAACACUGCCUUCCAGAGGGCACAGCUGAAACAUCUUGCCAAUCUAAUGGUAUUCAUUAUGCUGAUAUCUGGGCUCAGAGAGAUGGAUUAGACUUGUGUUCACAAGGGUCAAUAGAUAUCUUUUGUGACGAAGCAGGUAAUUCGUCGAACAUGUCAAACUGUGGAAAGGAAGAGAGGAUUAUAACAAUGGAUGAACAAAGUGAGUCCAAGGCUGGAAGUCGUCACUUAUCGGUGAAUCCCAAAUCAUGUUCCGCUUCCUUUGAUGAUUAUGACAAUGAGAUUAGGCAAGAGCUAAGAUGGCUCAAAGCCAAGUAUCAAAUGCAGUUGAGGGAGCUCAGGGACCAACAAUUGAGAGUUAACCCAAAACCAUCAAACUCAGUCCCAAGUCCUGAUAACUUGGAGCACAAGGAAGACAGCAGUUCAUCAAUGUCUUUAGUUUCACCCCAGCUGAACAAACGAAACAAAAGGCCACCCCUGAUAUCUUCACCCCCUUUAAAGCAUUUGAUCGGUUCGCAUUUUACAGCGGAUGACGGGAAGAAAUGUGCCGAUUUGGAGAACGGGUCUUGCAGUCCAGACCAGAUAUUCACAGCAAAGAGUUUCUAUACAGGAGAUUUGCUUCCACAACCUCUUCAUAGAGCAACUUCUCUUCCUGUUGGUGCUAUUGACUUUUAAUCCCCUACGAAGUUAUCAAACACCUUCGACAGAUCUCCCAACAAGAACUCUAAGUUGAUGGGCAUUGUACAAGCACAAAUUGUAACUUCGAAUGUUCCAUACAUGUGAGAUCUUACUGUUUGACGAAUUUCAACCGUCUAACUCCCACUUCCUAAGUAUGUUUAGUGAAUGUACAAUACCCAA